GAACACCAUGCUUCCCAUGUACGGACUCCCAUACCAGGACCACACAGAUUCUUCUGCGUGGUACAGUCCCCAAGAACCCAGCACUGGACACAACACGGAGAACGAAUAUCAUGGGGCCUCUCUCAAGACACGAGGCCGAGAAAGUCGCGAGGCGGACGCCAUGGACGGGCUGCUGGAGAUGGCUCGCUGCCAGUCGACGACCGAUACGAGAGCCACCUGCAAUGGCUCAGCGACCAUAUCGGCAACCACCACUGGCGAAAUUCUGCCACUCGUGCACGAGCCAGUAGACCAAGAGGAGUGGAUGGCCUGUUGUGCCUUUCCCAGAAGCCGACGCUUGUGUUCAGUCACCGAACCUGAUCCUUCCCAUGCCCUGUGUGCAGAUUUCCGAUUACAGAAACGUCUCGGGCACUUCCCCGAAAGCCAUAGCAGAGCAAGGACAGAAGACGCAACAGUGCGCCGCCGAUUCACUACACCAUGUGAAUCUCCCUCUAUGGAUGGUUUGCUUGUCAGAUGUGGCUGGAUGGCACCCCUUAUCCCGAGCGACCAUUCUGCGAGCGACAUCUUGCCAGCAGAUUUCGAUGACUCCGACGAGACCGAAACCGAUCCUGAUCUAGGAACAGUUGAUUCAGAUGACAAAGAGGAAGAGUAA